AUGCCUCUGCACGAUGAGCAAGAGCACGAGGUGUACGGUGGAGAGAUCCCAGAGGAAGAAGAAGGAGAGAUGGAUACGGAGGAGUAUGAAGAGCACGGCGGAGAAGAAGGCGCCGCCGUUGGAGAUGAGAAGCUUGAACCAGGCUCUGGCUCUAGGGAUUUAGAGGAUAUGAAGAAGCGAAUUAAGGAGAUCGAGGAAGAAGCUGGGGCUUUGCGUGAAAUGCAAGCCAAAGCUGAGAAAGAUAUGGGCGCUGGUCAAGAUCCUUCAAGUGGUAUUAGUGCAGCUGAGAAGGAGGAAGUGGAUGCUCGUUCAAUAUAUGUUGGCAAUGUGGACUAUGCAUGUACUCCAGAAGAAGUCCAGCAGCAUUUUCAAUCCUGUGGAACCGUCAACAGGGUGACGAUUCUGACAGAUAAGUUUGGCCAGCCUAAAGGUUUCGCCUACGUCGAAUUUGUGGAAGUAGAAGCCGUUCAGAAUUCUCUUAUUUUGAACGAGUCAGAACUUCAUGGUCGUCAGAUAAAGGUAUCUGCAAAGAGAACAAACGUCCCCGGAAUGAGGCAAUUUCGAGGAAGACGCCCUUUUAGACCCAUGAGAGGAUUCAUGCCCGGACCUCCUUUUUAUCCUCAAUAUGCUUAUGGGAGAGUUCCAAGGUUCAGACGACCAAUGCGCUACAGACCGUACUGA